AUGCGACUUCUUGCGCUUGCUCUUGCUUUGGUCCCUGCUGCCCUUGCCGUUGACAUCCCCGUCAGCGUCGGCGCGGAGAACUCUUUCGCUUUUUCGCCGACCUCGAUCACGGCCCAGGUCGGCGACACCGUGACAUUCACAUUCAUAUCGAGAAACCACUCGGCCACGACAACGACCUUCGAGACUCCGUGCCCCCCGCCCGACGGCGGCCUUCCCGGACAGUUCGACACCGGUUUUCUCUCGGCUAUUGGGGGCGAGACGCCCUCGGUGACCAUUCCGAUCACUACGACGGAGCCCCAGUUUGUUGCGUGUGCGCAGGCGGCUGGCGGGCACUGCAGGAUCGGCAUGGUCAUGGUGAUCAACCCGACGACGGAGCAAACUUUUGAUGCGUUCCUUGCGAACGCUUUGGCUUCGUAG